AUGCCAGUAUUGGCAACCCCGGGUGAGCGAAGCCAGGAACCGCGCGUCGGAGCCCCAGAAUGGCGCCAGGCAACAUGGGCCAAGACGAGGAAUGCGCACCGUGUGACCGAGCGCUGCGGGCAGGAGGCAGUGGCCAUGUGGCAGCCCGAGGACAGCGUGUGGGACCCGCACGUGGCGCGCCACCUCUGCCGUGCUGCCUACAUAGAGCCCUGGCGCUUCCGCGUGGAGAUGAUCAAAGGUGGAGGCCACGUGGAGAAGCCGCCGCCGGGCGAGGGAGUUACGCUGUGGAAGGGCAAGAUGAAGCCACCCGCCUGGUAUGCCCGCCUGCCGAUGCCGCUGCACCGCGAUGCGCGCGCCCUACAAACGGCGGAGGUGGUACAAGCGCACGCGCGCGGGUCGCGCCUCACCGCCGCCCGCCUCAGCCGCGCGCAGCACCAGAUGAAUGGGCAGGUGCGGCUGCUGCAGCGCCAGCGCGAGACUACUGAUCACAGGCUCAGUGAAGUGCGCAAGGGCCUGCUUAUCAACCAGCAGAGCGUCAAGCUGCGAGGCUACAGGCCGGAAUCUGAGAAGAUCCCUGACAGGGCAGACAGAAUGCUUACAUGGGAGAAAGACGAGCUAAAGAACAUGAAGAGGAAACUAGAGGAAGAUAUGGAAAAAUCAGAGAACCUGCUCAAGAUCCUGGCCUCCUGCCGCGACACUCUGGCUUUCUGCUGUAAGGAGCGGCUUCAAGUGGUGGACCUCAUGAACCAGCCGCUAGACAAAGUUUUGGAGCAGGCCGGCCGCCACUCGUGGGUGAACCUGUCCCGCGUCCCCACCCCACGCACUCAGGGUCAGAAAACGCCACCUCCAGACCCUGUGGGCACCUUUACCCCAGAGUGCGCCCAGGCGCUGGACGAAGCCAGGCGGUUGUUAGCUGAGUCCAAGGACACCUUAGCAGAAAUGGAAAAGAAUGAGGUGGACAUCCGGAAGCUACAAUUGCAGAUAAGCGACCGCGUGUGCGCCUCGCUAGCACAGAAGAUGCGGGAGACCAGCGAACUGAAGGAAAGACUAAAUAUGAGUGUAGGGCUAAUGAGGGGGACCAUCCACCGGUGCACGAAAUUCAAGCAAGAGAUGCACAUCACCCGCGGCCUCAUCAAGGGUCCUCUGUCAAAACAUCACCUGGAGACUCGAGAAAAGCUGGACAGACCCCUGGUUCGCGUGUACCAGAGACACGUGGGCACCCAACUCCCCGAGGCUACGCGCCUCGCUCAGGGCACUGACAAACUGCAGCGCCACAUCUCCAAUGUGGAAAAGAACCUAAACGAGCUGCUCACCGUGCAGAAGAACCUCACCUGGAGCUUCAACUGCAAAAAGAUUGGGUUCGAUGUUGACCACAACGUGGUGCGCCUGCGCCUUCGCCAGCGACAUCCGCACGUGUGCUAUGAGCAGGCGCAGCGCCUAGUCAGCGACUGGGACCCGCGCACGCCCCCGCGCCGCGACACCAGCGCAGCCGUCAAGUGA